UGGAGGGGUAGGGAGAGUCUGGUGGAGUAGUGAGGAGUGAGCAGCGUCAAAGGAAGGACUUGUCCUCGAGACCACUCAUAUUACGGGUUAAACAAUAUCUGCAUCUGCUUCAACAGGACUUGGAGCUUCUGUAACCCGCCGGCAUGUCUUCAGAUAAGGUGAUUUUAGCCUAUGGCCUAUCGGCGCUGGCCUGUCUGCUAGCGAUAAUGUGGCAGUCUGAAUGCGACCCACGAGAUAUGGCAGCCCACGAUUACGCCAAAUUCAAAAUGAAGCCGCACAAAAUGAUGGAAUAUGUUAGCAAGCCGACCAUGCUAAGUACGUGGUUCCAGUGGAUCCGCGACAUCCGUCCCACCGGCCCCCGGUUCAUGACGCCCGGAAAAACGUUCCUGGGAGAAUUUAACGUUGGUCCUCUCGGACCCUACUACAUCCUUCUAAACGUCACCGACUACGUCCCCGGUAAGGUUUUGGCGAUGGACGCAGAUAGCUGGCUGCGCCCCCAGCUCCGAAUUGAAGUGGAGGACCUCAAGGAUGACGGGUGUACCCUGCACCUGAAUAUGGUGUUCAACAGGACUUCGGUGCUGUUUCAGUACACCAUCGGCUGGAUGGGAAGUCACAUGACCCACAACCAGUUCCGGCACGCCCUCUUUAUGCUGCGUAUGAUGAUCCACCCUGAGGCUGAAGAUCACCAUGACAUCCAUCCAGAUGACCUACAUCAUGAGCUUGAUCUCAGUCACCUGGAAGAGAUGGAGGACGUCGAAGUGGGGGAGGAGGUCAGACUUCCUCUCAGUGGAAAGCAGUGAUGAAGAGUGAAGUGGUGGACUAAGAUGCUGGACGUUUGCCGGAGGGAUUCGAUGUUACGGAGGUGUGUUUGAUUGAUAUUAUAAGUGGUUGAGAUGGUUUAGAGCAGGCCUACGGGGCCGAUAGAUUUUCGGUGUCUUCGACUUUGACUCCGAUUCCUGCUUUUGAAAAACCGACUCUGACUCCGACUCCGGGUAGAACUGUUGUCUCCCACCGACUCAAACUCCGACUCCGACUCCAGAAACCUGGCAGGGCUGCAGAGGUGAUGGAUAUUCGGAUGACUCCGACUCCGAUUUCCAAAAAAAAGAUUCCGACUACGGAUCAUUUCGACGACUCCGACCAUUUCCGACUCCGACUACGCAGCCCUGGUUCAUAGGCUUUUGAGAGAGACUUUGCAGAGAUGUCGUGGAGAAAUAUGGUGGAGAUAUGUUAGAAAGAUGAUCGAACUGAUUCAAUCAUGCUGGAAAUGUCUAAGAGAAGUGGCGGAAGAGUGUCUGAUUGAGGAUAGAUGCUGUAGAGAUAUUGGUACUGGUUGAAAUGGUUAGGGGCUGGUAGAGAAAUGAUGGAUAUUUGGUGGAGAAACGGUAGAUAUUUGGUGGAGAAAUGGUCGAUAUUUGAUGGAGAAAUGGUCGAUAUUUGGUGGAGAGAUGUGAUGGAGACUGGAGAUAUGUUAGACAGGUGUUGUAAAAAGUUGAAAUAUUUAGGGAAGGUGGUUGGAGGAGGAUGAAGGAGUGACAGAUGGUCCUACGGAACAUGUUCUGGGAUGACGUUGGAGAUGGUUUAGGGAGAUACGAGAGGGACGCUAGGUUAGCUUGUCUCCGCAGAGCACGGUAGACGGUAGUGAUUGCAUUUGGAAAUAUUUUAGGGAUAUGACGGCGUAAUGAGAAUUUGAUGAGAUGUUAGAAAAAACAUGCAAUCAACAUGUUGGAAAAAUGUUGAUUAUCUCCCUGGUGGCGAUAGGGAUAAGUCACAUAUACACUUUGAUUGGUGACAAUGGGUGAAAAGUAAAUUGCCUUGACGCUUUGAGGGCCCGCGUGUUGAGCUUAGCAGUUUCGUGAUUGGAU